CUGAACUUUUUGAUACGCAACGCACCUUGACGUCUGGUGACGUUAUCUUGUGUUGGUUGGUGAUCGCUUGAUUCUUGUGCGAAAACGUUUGUGAACUCUUGCAAUUUCUCAAUCUAUUAUUUUAUCGUACGCGUAAAUAUCAUCAAGAUAAGUCGCACGUAAAAUGAUCUCCGACGUUCAACUCGCUGUGUUCUGCAACGUUUUGGGAGUAUUUUUAUUCCUGUUAGUUGUCGGUUUCCACUACAUUAACGCAAACAUGGGAAGGGCUGUUGGUAGCUCAAAGCAUAAAUGAAGGUCCGAAGGUUUCUACUAGCAUUCCAUCUGGGAAACCAAGGAGAAGCUUUUAGUGUCCGAAUAUUUUAGAUUAUAAGCAUGAUUCACGUCGCAAAAAAUAAAUUGAUAUAGGAAGAAA